UGCGUGUGUAUAUCUGAGGCAGGAGAAAGGCAGCCGGCAAGAUGGCAGCGGUGGGCAGGGCUGGCUUUGGCUGGCUUCCUCGUAAUCUUUAUCGUAUUAAUGCUUGCCAGUCCUUGAAACUAAACUAUGCCUGUGUUGCCUCCUUCCAUAACACGUCGGCGCUCAAUGCUGGAUUUUUGGGUUUUGGUGAAGAUGAUGACUAUGGAUCAUUUAUGGAGAACCUCUUUGAAGUACACAACCAGCUGGCAGUUAAUGAUCAUAUUGAAGUUUCAGACAGCAUAUUUUCUCAGAAUGCAAAUAAUUUUGAUGAGGCUCAACCUAAAUUUAUGCAAACCAAACAAAUGAAAGAAAAUGAGAUCACGCAACACCAGAAUCAAAUAAUGCAUGGGCAUAAGAGAAAAUAUGGGCAUGAGAGAGAGAAUGAAGCUGAGAGAGAGACUCAAUCUCUGUCUUCUGAUUGGUCUAAUGGAGCUAAAAGUGAAAAUAAACAGAAUGAUAUUACCACCAUGCUGGAAAAAGACCACACCAUAGAGCACUUACAUACUUUGAUGCAAGUACCAGCUUUCAUGGAGCCACGUCCUGUAUGUAUCCAAGAAAUUGCAAAUAAUUUAAUUGUACCAUUAGAAGCAAAACUACCUAUUGAGCUACAGUCUAAGGGUUUAUCUGAUAAUGUAACUCAAAUUAAAUUUGAUAAUGUUAAAACGUCUGGUGUUACGUCACAAGAAAAUUCUGCAAACAAUGAGGUUCCUUUACAAGAUACUGUUGCUUACUCAGACAAUGCAGUGGUAUCAAAACCCAGUAAUCAGGAAAAAAGAGAAAAAACUGACUUAAUGUUUGAAGGAACAUAUCCAAACGCAAUACAUUCAUCUACUUUAAUUCAAACAGAAAAGGCAGACACUAGUUUUAGUGCAAGCAGCUAUGUGCACAGUAGUGAAAUGCAAGAGUAUGGAACUGCCUCAUCCAUAUCCUCAAGAGCACAGCCAGUCCAGAGCAGAGCUGUUCUCCAGGUUCCAGAGGACACCAAAGAUGUGAAGGUAGGCACCUUGAUAGCAGUUAUGGUAGAAGAAGGUGAAGAUUGGAAGGCAGUUGAAAUGCCCAGUGAAGACUUGACACUACCAUCUGGAUCUCUACCUGUCACAGCUUCUCCCACACUUGCUACUGUUUCUGAUGCUGGCCAUGGUAACUAUGGGCCUUCAGUUCGUCUGUUGCUAGAGCAGUAUGGGCUUUCUGCUAGUCAAGUUCCUGCUGGAGGGCCACAUGGUAGACUAUUAAAGGGGGAUGUUCUGCAAGCUAUCAAAGACAAAAAUCUUCAGCCACGGCCAUUAACUGCAGUUGCUCUUCCCGAAGUUCCAAAACCUGCCACUGCGUCUGGUUCUCUCACAGCUCCCACAUCACCGAUUGUUUCUCAUCCAUUACCAAUUAUUGAUAUAUCAGACGAUGGUUUUUAUGACAUUGAAGUAACGAACAUGAGGAGAACCAUAGCCAAACGACUCACACAAUCAAAGGGUGGUAUUGCCCAUUCAUACGGUACUAUUGACUGUUGUGUGGACAAGCUUGUAGCAUUGAGGAAGCAAUACAAGAAGGAAGGAAUCAGUGUUAGCAUUAAUGACCUUAUCAUCAAAGCUGUUGCUGUUGCCUUGAACAGAUGUCCAGAGAUGAACUGUGUGUGGAGAGGAGAUCAGCUUGUGAUGGCUGACCAAGUGGAUAUUAGCAUUGCAGUAGCAACACCUGCUGGCCUUAUAACCCCAAUAAUUCAUGGAGCUGACACGUUGGGUGUUGAAGAUAUUGCAACCAAAGUGCAUGAUCUAGCUGGCCGAGCUAGAGAAAACAAACUAAAGCUAGAUGAAUUUCAAGGGGGAACUUUUACCAUUUCAAAUCUGGGGAUGUUUGGAAUUAGUGAGUUCAGUGCCAUCAUCAACCCUCCUCAGUGUGGCAUCCUUGCAAUUGGUGGAAGUAGACUGUUAUUAGAAAUUUCAUACUUUAAGAUGUUCUUCCAAGAAAGGGUCAAAUUCACUCAGCAGCUCUAG